GCUGCGCACCAACGCCAACGUGAACCUCCCCUAGUUUCUUCCUUAUCCAGAGGGAAUGGCUCCGCCUGGCCCCAAAUCCCGCCCGCCUUCUUCCCGGCGACCGGCCCAAAUCCCGCUGCACCUUCUUCCCGUCGGCAGGCCCAAAUCCCGCCCCACCUUCUUCCCCGGCGGCAGCCUCAUCCCACCGCCCACCCACCUAUUCCUUCUGAUGGUGGACGAGCCGCCAGCAUCACUUCCGGCCACCACCGCCGUCGCCGAGCCACCGGGAUCAGUUCCCGACGCCGCUACCGAGCCAGAGAAGGCGGACGAGGAGGGGGACAAGGAGGACGCGCUGCUGGACCACGCGCAGGCCCUGAUUUCGCCGGUCAUCGGGCAGGAGGCCGACCCCAGCCGGCGGCUGAUACACACCCUCGCCACCAUCUGCGACGUCCAGGAGGCUACAGGGGCAUCACGGGGCUAGACGCGGCUCCGCAGUCGCCGUCGUCUCCUCCCCCUCCCACCUCGAUCUCGCCCACCGCCUCCCGAUCCGGGCAGAUCUCGCGCCGGCGGCCAUGGAGAACCUGAUCUCGCUCGUCAAAAAGCUGCAGUGGGCCUGCACUGCCCUCGGCGACCACGGCGACGAGAGCACCCUCCCCACCCUCUGGGACUCGCUGCCGUCCAUCGCCGUUGUCGAAGGCCAGGUGCGUGCCCCAUUCCCUUCAAUCUCUCUCGGCCGGAUCUAGUGCUGGUGCCUCAGAUGCGCACGGUGUGGAUCUCGCGAGCUGCCGGUAGAACCGCGCGAUUCUAGUUGCGGAGAUGCGGUUUAGCUAUGCUUGGAUCUGCGGUUACCGUAGCUAGAAUUGGGACACGCUACUACUUCUUUUUUUUUUGAAUCUGUUAGUUUCAUUGUGCCUAGCUUGCCCACAUGACCAGCGAUUGUCUAGCUCCAACUCUCCAAGCUAGAUACUACUACUUUGGAUCAACUAGAGGUGUAGGUGCGUGAGGUUCGCAUAAAGGGAACCAAGCAAUUUUGUGUGGACUCAGGCUGUUAACCAGUAGUUCACGUUUAUUUGAGCACCCGAGUGGGUACAUGGUUCUGUAUUUUGACGUCUGAACUCGUCUGAUCAUUUGAUAGAGUUCGGGCAAAUCUUCAGUGCUAGAGAGCGUUGUUGGGAAGGAUUUCCUGCCCAGGGGUUCAGGCAUCGUCACCCGUCGCCCCCUGGUUCUGCAGCUACAUAGGAUUGAUGGAACUAGAGAGUAUGCGGAGUUCUUGCAUCAACCCAGGAAAAGA